AGCGGAAGUGCGGGCGAGGCGGGGUCCUGUCCAGUGCGAGCCCGGCCGGUGCGCCAGCCGUUCCGCCCGCCGGUCCUUUCGCGCCCUCUCCGCUGCCCGUGUCCUCCUUCACCGGCCGCGCCAUGCUGUCUCUAGAUUUUUUGGACGAUGUGCGGCGAAUGAACAAGCGGCAGCUGUAUUAUCAAGUCCUAAAUUUUGGAAUGAUUGUCUCCUCGGCACUAAUGAUCUGGAAGGGGCUGAUGGUCAUAACUGGAAGUGAAAGUCCAAUUGUAGUGGUGCUCAGUGGCAGCAUGGAGCCAGCAUUUCAUAGAGGAGAUCUUCUCUUUUUAACAAAUCGAGUUGAAGAUCCCAUCCGAGUGGGAGAAAUUGUUGUUUUUAGGAUAGAGGGAAGAGAGAUUCCUAUAGUUCACCGAGUCUUGAAGAUUCAUGAAAAGCAAAAUGGACAUAUCAAGUUUUUGACCAAAGGAGAUAAUAAUGCCGUUGAUGACCGAGGCCUCUAUAAACAAGGACAACACUGGCUAGAGAAGAAGGAUGUCGUGGGGAGAGCAAGGGGAUUUGUUCCUUAUAUUGGAAUUGUGACGAUCCUCAUGAAUGACUAUCCGAAAUUUAAGUAUGCCGUCCUCUUCUUGCUGGGUUUAUUCGUGCUGGUCCAUCGUGAGUAAGAAGUCUACCUUGCCGUUCCUGGAAGAUGCCGUACUUUUCGUUCCUGACUGUUUGGAGUAGAUAUUGGUCUAUGAUUGGUGGAGUGCAGAACGUACAUGUUGGCGCUUCUUGGUAGCAAUGGUUUGCAUUAGUUUCUCUUUCCACGCCAGGGUCUGUGUGGGCGGGUGCACCAAGGCGCGCACCCGAGGGGACUCUCAAUCACAGGAUUUCAUAUGUUGUCAUUGUCACACUUUCACAUUUUUGUACAUCAGUGAAUUUUUUAUAUUAAAAGGUUGAGCCAAAGCCCCCAGUGUUUGUAUUUUGAAGCCAAGCUUCACUUCUAAAGUGCCUACAGAGUUCUGUAAAUGAAAAUGCAGCUCUGCACGAGUUUGAAACCGUCAUUCCUCUUUAUAAAAUGGGAAUGGCAUAUGCUGAGGUGGUCGUAAGUCUUAACUUUUCAAAUUUUAAAUAAAAGACUUUGCACAUUGAA